AUGUCCAAGACUACUCUCGCUACUAUGGCCUGCCUAGGCGCAGGAGGUGGUGCUGCUAUCACUGCCGCCAUCUACUCCAUUCGAGGCGGUAAACGUGUCGAGGAGACCAAUACUCUAGCUACGCCUCCUCCGUCAACCUCAAACUCCUUCGCCGCUCUUCCUGCUCCCACCGCCUCUCCCGCCGUUCCUCCCACCCAAGUCUUCGGACCUCCAGCCACUGCGCCUUCCGGUUUGCCAAUCGACCCAAGCGCAAUCGUCAACCCUGGGGGCCUCUUCGACUACGGCUUUCCAGGCCCUAUCGCCGAUGUCGCCAACCGCUCUGGCCUUGUCUCUUCCUACGAUCGUCGUACACGAAACCCUCACUGGGUCGUCGAACAUAUCACACCUGCUUCUCUUGCCAUUCGCGAUGGUGAUCGAAAGCACAGCAGCUUUCUUGAGGAUGAUUCUGUGCCACAAAAGUUCCGGGCUCUGUUGAAGGACUACUACCGCAGCGGUUACGAUCGUGGCCAUCAGGUCCCUGCUGCCGACUGCAAAUGGUCUCAGAAGGCCAUGGACGACACUUUCUACCUCACAAACAUGUGCCCUCAGGUCGGCGAUGGCUUCAACCGUGACUACUGGGCUCAUUUCGAGGACUUCUGUCGUCGUUUGACAGUCAAGUAUCCCUCAGUUCGCAUCGUCACAGGCCCUCUCUAUCUUCCCAAGAAGGAGGCAGAUGGCAAGUGGUACGUCAAGUACGAGAUGAUCGGCACUCCUCCUUCAGUUGCUGUGCCCACACACUUCUACAAGGUGAUCUUUGCUGAGGAUGGUCGCGUUAGUGGAAACGUCGCGCUGGGCGCUUUCGUUCUCCCUAACGCCCCCAUCUCUAACUCUAAGCCUAUCACCGAUUUUGAGGUUCCUCUUGAGGCUGUUGAGCGUGCUAGCGGUCUCGAAUUUGCUACCAAGCUACCACCUCAGCGAAGACGACGUCUGUGUUCUGACCACACCUGUGCCCUUGUGAUUCGAGACUUCGCGGAUAAGCAAAAGGCGUUCCCUAAGAAAUAG